GACAUCGCUUCACAAAUAAAAAAUGGCGUUCCCGAAUGUGUUGGGUCAUUCUUCGUUUCCUCAAAUCGGCACAGAUAUGAAUUUAUUCGCUCCCCCUGACUUGAGUGACGUUGUUCCCGACUGGAUGAGAUCUGAACAUUCAACAGGGACAACUGUUAUUGCGGUGGAGUUUGAUGGCGGCGUCGUGAUCGGUGCGGAUUCUCGGACGAGCACAGGUGCUUACGUGGCCAACCGUGUCUCUGACAAGCUGACACGUGUGACAGACCGAAUCUACUGCUGCCGCUCGGGUUCCGCUGCAGACACACAGGCCAUUGCGGACAUAGUGACUUACCACCUCAGCUUCUACGAGAUGGAAACUGGCCAACCAGCCAAGGUGGAGACGGCCGCCAACAUUUUCCGGGAGCUUUGCUACAACUAUCGUGAUCAGCUGGUGGCUGGGAUAAUCUGCGCGGGUUGGGACCGUCAGAAUGGUGGCCAGGUAUACAUGGUUCCACUGGGAGGCAUGCUGUUGCGUCAGCCUGUGGCAAUGGGUGGCUCAGGCAGCACCUAUGUGUAUGGCUACGUCGAUGCCAACUACAAGCCUGGCAUGACCAAGGAAGAGUGCGUCAAGUUUGUCACAAACACGAUUGCCCUGGCCAUUGCUCGUGAUGGCAGCAGUGGAGGUGUCGUACGGCUAGGAGUGAUCACCAAGGACGGAGUGGAGCGCAUGGUUCUCACAGGAGAGGAGAUUCCGCAGUUUUACCAGGGAUGAGCUACCCCUUUUCUUUGUAUCUGCUGCUCUCGUGGAGUUCAAUAAACCUGUUGUGCUGGC